AUGAUAAGCAAUAUUAAGCUACAUCCAGAUCAAGAACAAGGGUUGCUAAUUCCGAGCGGCAAACUGGCUUGCGUUUGGAUCUCUAACUCAAUUAUAUUACAAUGUAUCCUAGUUUUCAUCGGAGCUGCGACGAUUGGUUACUGUGUAUGGUCUCCGGAAGGCAUCAAACAAGACUACGACAAACUAGCGAGGAUCAUGUACUUGUACGACCCGCACGCCUGUGGGUACAACCUGAGGUCGUUCACCUCUAUGAUGACGUUGCAGCUGCAGAAUGACACAAAGUCAUUGCAUCUCCGCCCCAUAAAGUGGAGGCCUCCUGUUAUGACUGUAUCGACGAGGUUGGCUGCCAAAACUAGAAAAUACGUAAAACUGAGCGUCAUAUUACACGUUUUUUGGCUCCUGGUCGCAAUAGUUCUGCGAAUCUUCAGAUCUUCCACGAAAUUAAAAUUACUAAAAUUCGUCCUAGCGAUAUCUUUCUACGCUUGCGUUUUUAUUGUAACAUUUGACUUAUCCAUGGCAAUAGUAUAUAUCGCUCAUAUCCAGCAGAGCUUGACUAAGGGAAUGAUUCUAAGAUACAGUGGAUGGGGUGUGGAAAUGAAAUUGCAAAGGUACGAUGACUUUGGUGGUUGGUAUCCCAUGGUUGCCUCAGCUUGCUGGAUGAGAGGCAUCAUCAUCAUUGGUCUCAACAUCUACAGCUGCAGAGUCCUUCGAGUCAUAAGACGAAGAAUAGAGAAGAGAGAAGUUAAGAAGAAGGUUGCUUUGCAGGAGAACCUGCCAAUACCUGAACCGAUGUUUGGGCAACCAAGCGAACGUGAUGAAGGAGUCCUAUAUUUCAGAUCUGGAGAUUAUAGACCAAUCACAAGAAAACCUAACAGACCUUCAUUGUUCUUUUUUUAA